AUUUAGAUGGAGGUGUGCCUGCACCGCCGCAGCCUCCGGGGACGGAUAUGACCGGGAUAUGUUUUAGGGAUCAGCUAUGGCUGAACACUUACCCUCUGGACCGAAACUUGGUGUUUGAUUACUUUGUUCUUUCACCUUUUUAUGAUUGGACCUGCAAUAAUGAACAGCUCCGCAUGCGCUCUAUUCACCCCCUGGAUGUUUCUCAUUUGUCAAAAAUGACUGGAAUUGAGUUCAUGCUUACUGAAGUUAUGGAGCCCCAUCACUUUGUCUUCCGUAAACAAAAGAGAGAUAGUCCUGAGAAAGUCACACCAAUGCUAACUUAUUAUGUGUUGGAUGGUUCAAUUUACCAAGCUCCUCAGCUUUGCAAUGUCUUUGCAGCUAGAUUGGGGCGGGCUUUAUUUCACAUAUCAAAAGCUUUUACCUUUGCUGCAACAAAACUGGAGAAGAUUGGAUAUGUUGAUGCUGAAAAUGAGGGUGGGCAUGCUGAGAAAAAGGUCCCCAAGGAGGCUAUUGACUUCAAAGAACUUAAGCGAGUAGACCAUAUUCUUGCUUCUCUACAACGCAAGCUUCCGCAAGCUCCUCCGUUGCCUCCAUUUCCAGAAGGCUAUACACACCAGUCAACUGCAGAAGGGUCAGAAAACCAGCAAGCAGAAGGCCAGCAGCCGCCUCCACCUGAUCCCAUCAUCGACCAAGGCCCUCCUUCCAAGAGGAUGCGAGUUUGAAUGGUUGCUGUUUUCUUGUGCCCAAAGCAACCUAAGUUAGCAAUCUGCACGGUUUGCCCUUAAUCUUAACCUAUGGAAGUAGUUAGGUGAAUGAGUUAAUCCUAGCUAGGGGUGGACCAGUCCAGUUCUGGUCUUGGUUCCGGUUCCAAGAACUGGUCCUGGUUCCCAGCCGGUUCCGGUUCCAUUUUUGUUUUUGAUUUUUACAUAUUCAAUACUUUGUAUGUUUAUUUUUCUAAAGAAUGAUCUAUAUUGCAACUUUUGUUGACCAUAUAAAUCUCUAAAUGUUAUACUAUACAUCAUAAUUGUAUAAAUUUAGUUCUAAGGGGAGUAAAACAUGAACUACUCUUCUAGUGGCAUAUUAAUAUUUCAACGUUAGAUACUUGAGAUCAAUGUAUACAUUAUACUCAUAUUGCAUCAUAUAGAUGGAUUGUUAUGUUUAUAA